CGCGGAUGGACUUAUGCUGCUCUGCCAAGUAGUUUUAGUUUGCUUAAGCCAUCUGCCGGUCUCGGUGCGUAUCAUCAUCUUUUGAAACGCCGUCUACAAUCAGGCCGCUCCCAGCUGGAUACCUCUAUUUUCCGACUGCGUCUCAUCUCCAGUAUCGUCAAGGCACCAGGAAUAUCUGAUUUUAUGACUUCUACGGAUACAUUAACGGAUGAGUAUUUAUCGGGCUAUCCGGAGGAAUUGGAGGAAAAUAUUCCACCAUCGACUGCGGAUAAGACCUACAAGUCUCAAGAGGGGGACUUCUCACACACGAUUGAUUGUCGGGCUGUGUUCAGUCAAGUGGAAGUAAAUGAGUUUAGAGAACAGAAAGAAGAUGGCUAUGAGGAAUCUAUAGAACAGAAAAAUUCCCAAAACGUGAAUAAGAAUAUUGUAGGCUCAUUGGAUCGACAGAAUAUCAGACCAAAAGGGACGCUUCUGUUUUCAGGCCUCUGUAGGCCGCACACCAUGUUCGAAUAUUCUCGGUUUGGUCGUGCUGAGUGGCAGGAAGACGAGACACGAGCUGUACCGCCAUUGGUGCUGCCUAGGUGCUCUUACUAUAUAUGCUUUGUUGCUACUUAUUAUUAUAUAAUAUAG